GUUCUUCUGCAGUUCGCAACGUCGUGUACCUGAAGGACCUUCUGUUGUUGUUCUGUUUGAUUUUGUUUCAUUAUUUUGAGCAUGCGGCAAAUGAACGUCGCAAUUUAAUGCGAACUUACGUAUUCUAGUCGCACAAUGUGCGUUUCGACUCGUGGUUGUGUCGACAUGUCAGUGUAAUAAAUGGGGCUGAGUAGAACCCUUGCUGAUUGUUGUGCACAGCUGAGGAGGCAUUUGACAGAGUGCAGGUUAGGAUUAAAGCAGAAGUAGGGGUUUAAAACCCCACACUGAGUAAGAAGAAUGGUGUUCGAAUCUAUUGUAGCUGAUCUUCUCAACAAGUACCUUGGAGAAUAUGUUGAGAACUUAGAUCGAUCUCAACUUCAGAUUGGCAUAUGGGGAGGUGACAUUGUCCUUCAAAAUCUUGUUCUGAAGCAAAGCGCUCUAGAUGAAUUAGAUCUCCCUGUACGAACUGUUUAUGGUGUUCUUGAAAAACUUGUACUGAAAAUACCUUGGAAAAAUCUAUACCGAGAUCCAGUUGAAGCUACUGUGGAAAGACUUUACCUGUUAGCUGUACCGAACCAGGAAGUGAAGUAUGACCCUGUUAAAGAGGAGCGCUGGGCCCAAGACGCAAAGCAGAACCAAUUAAAUAAAGUAGAGGCAGCCAAAAAAUGGGAGGCAGAAAAAGAUCUUUUAAAGCAAGAUGAUUCUUUUGUGGAAAAAUUGUCCACUCAAAUUGUAAAAAAUGUGCAAGUGAAGAUUGGAGAGAUACACAUUAGAUAUGAAGACAGAGUAUCAAGUUUAGGCAAACCUUUUGCACUUGGUAUAACAUUACACAAUUUGUCUGUUCAGACAACUGAUGCCAACUGGACUAAAGCUAUCAAAGAUGAAGCUAGUAAAUUUAUCUUCAAAGAGCUUAAUUUGGAAGGCUUAGCUGUAUACUGGAACUGUGAUACAGCUUUAUUCUCUGACAAACCUGUCUCUGAAAUGCUGCAGCUGUUCAAAGAUGGAAUAGCUGCCAAAGAAAGAAAACCGAAAGGAUACGAAUACAUGUUGGGACCCAUUAAUUCUUCAGCUAAACUUCAAAUUAACCAGAAACCAGAACAGGAUGGUUCAAACUAUUCUAUUCCUAAGCUACAGCUUAAUUUAGAGUUGGAAAAGUUAGCCAUUUGUAUUAGUAAAAGUCAGUACAGAGAUGUCAUGCUGUUAUUAGAAUCAAUGGACUGGAUGACAAGAGCUGCUCCUUACCGAAAAUUCCGUCCGUUUGUCCCAAGCUAUACUGGACAUUACAAAGAGUGGUGGAAAUUUGCUUACAAAUGUAUUUUGGAAGAUGAAGUCAAGAGGAAACAACGAAACUGGAGUUGGAAUGUUAUGCGAGAGCACCGUGGGCUGUGCAAAUCUUAUGCUGCUGCCUAUAAACAAAAGUUGACUUUGAAGAAGAUUCCUGCAGAAUUAACAAUUCAACUGCAGGAAAUGGAGAACAAAUUGGAUGUUUUUAAUAUUGUUCUUAUUAGGCAACGCAUUGAAGUACAAGUAGAGAGAGAUCAAGCCGAAGAACUCAGGCAGAAGCAAGAAAGGAAGGGUUGGUUUAGCUCAUGGUGGGGUGGAGCUGCGGAAGCGGAUGCUGUGCAACCUGGAUCAGCAGCUGAACUUGCCAAGAAAAUUGAGGCAGUUAUGACCCCCGAAGAAAAAGCAAAACUAUACAGGGCCAUUGAUUACCAGGAAAAUACUACACCGGCUAUAUAUCCAGCCUACUUUAUAGAAAAUGUUUUCUCAUUUAAACUCCGCUCGCUAGAAAUUGAAGUACGUGAUGGUGAUGAUAAGGUUCGAACCAUCCUGAGCUCCAGUUUGCAGGAAGUUACUGCUCAAGUUGAACAGCGUAUGAGUGGAAAAGCUCUAAAAGCUGUAAUCAAAAUUACCAAAUUUGAUGUAACUGGCCUCCCUCAAGGAACACUUUGUCCUGAGCUUGUGUCCUCUAAACUACUUCAGCAGUCUGAUUCUGUUUUGUUGGAUGUCAUGUUUGAGACCAAGCCAUUGGAUGAAACAUGUGAUCAGAGAUUGAGAAUAGCAGCUAGACCCCUACGGGUAGUGUACGAUGCUGCGACUGUAAACAGUAUAAUAGACUUAUUCAAACCACCUGAAACACCUGCCCUCCAAAAUAAGAUUCAAGCUGCAAUACCAGUUGCCAUGCCUGCUCUGAAGGAAAUGUCUGUGCUGGGAUUGCAGUAUUCUGUUGAACAACAAACUGUUCUUGAUGUGAUGGUUGAUGUGAUGCCCUCUCAGAUUUUAAUUCCUCAGAAUGGGGUUUAUCGUGGAAAUGAGAACCUACUUGUAGUGAAUCUUGGCCGUAUGUCUGUUACUACUGCCUCGAGAGACGUCCUUGCAAUGGAUGUCAGGAAAAUGCAUCUCCAUGGAAGAACUGAAGAUGAUAUACUUCAAGAAAUGAUAUCACGUUCUUAUACUAAGUUCACUUUUAAACUGGAAGAUGUGCAGGUGCUGCUGGCAUACGCUGGAGAAGAUUGGACGGCUGUUAUUGAUGAGCGUAAGAGAUCUGCCAUGCAUGUUGUCAUGCCUAUCACCCUCACAGUAAAUUUGCACAAAUGCAUGGUAACUGAUGAUCCCAGAUUACCAAAAAUGAAAUUGUGUGCUGAGCUAGGACAAAUCGACAUUCAGCUUCCAGAGGAUAGGCUGUUAAAUUUGAUAAAUUUGCCUAAUUCCAUACCAUUUAAUGAUACUGAACCUACUGCUUUGGGUGCUGCGGAUAAUGCUUCACACAGCUCUCAACUUUCUUUGUUCCGCAUGGAUGCUGAGACUGCCCGUGCCAAAGGUAUUCUGUUGCCAAAAAUGGAGAAACCUGUUGAUUUGCAACCUUUAAUGCAAGUAAUUGAGCUGGAGGCCAAGUUUGUUUUAGAAAUGUUGAAAGUUACUGUGUAUGAGCAAAAGAAAGGGAUUACGAACAAAGAUAAAAAUAAAGAUGAUUUGGACAACUUUGACCCUCUUAUAACAUUCCGUCUGCUGUCAUUGGAAACUGAGUGUGUCCAACGCACAUUUGAUACUAAGCUGUUCCUUUCAAUUGGAGGUAUUGAUUUGAAGCAGCGUUAUGACGGUGCUGACAUUAAUGCUAUUUGCACUCCCAUGACUUCGGGCCAGGAUCAGUACCUAUUUACUGUUCGUUUCACUCUGGUUGACAAGAAGUCCCCAGAACUGCGCACAACACAUCAGUCAGUUCUGAAACUACUUCAGGCUAACUUCUCUAAAUUAGAUGUGCUAGUCCAUCAAGAGGCAACAUUACAGUUAAUAGCAUUUGCAAACAGUGUUCAGAGCUCACUUGACUCCUCAGUCUCUGCUCAAGGGUCUCGCAUUGCAACAGCUGGUGGUAAGAAAGAUAAAAAUCUACCUACUAUUCUGGAGGAAGAAGGGUCAACUGUACCAGCUAAAGCCAAACCAGUUGCCAAGCGUAAAAAGAAGAGAUCUGUCUCAACCACUGUGGACCUGAAAAUUGUUGCCGAAAUGCAGAGUGUCUGUAUUCAAAUAGAGACUAAAGCAAGACCUCUUACAUCAAUGAUGGUGCAAGGCCUUUUGUUUGGUGCUGAAAUGCGAAAAUCGCAAACUGAAAUUUCUACAAGCAUUAAAGAUUUUGUUAUGCUUGAUCUCAAUCCUGUCACACUACACAGAAAGAUUCUCUCCAUUGUUGAUGAAGAAGCUUUAUCUGCCCAUGUAGUUUUGUAUGACAAUAAUGGAAUUGAUGACCCAGAUGCUACUGAUAUGACAGUGAAAGUCCAAAUGGCGUGUCUACAUGUAGUGUUUCUUAAUUGGUUUGUGACUUCUCUUAUGGCUUUUCUUAAUAAUUUUCAAGCUGCUCAAGCAGCUGUGUUUGAAGCUUCUGCUGCUGCAGCUGCUGUGGCCAAACAAAAUGCCAAAGAGGCAUAUACGAAGGCUACAAAAAUGUCACUGGAUAUUGAACUGAAGGCUCCCAUAGUUUUUGUACCUGUUAAUUCUCAAAGCUUUGAUGCCUUACUUAUGGAUUUUGGUCGGCUCACCAUCAAGAACUCCUUCCAAAGCUUAGAUGUGCAGAAACAGUACCCAGCUGUUCUUGACAAGAUUCAACUUGGUUUAGUGAAUGUUAAAAUGUCAAGGGUUCGCCUGGAUAAAGAAACAAAAGAGGUCUUAAAUGAAAGAAUUCUUCUCCAACCAAUCAGCUUUACACUCUCUGUAAUUCGUAAUCUUUCCUCUUCAUGGUAUAACGAGUCUCCAGACCUCGACUUGUCAGGAAAAAUUAACUCGAUCAGUUUAUCUAUGACUCAAGCUGAUUAUCGCAUGCUUAUGCAAGCACUCUCUGAAAAUAUGAGUGAGGGAUCAUCAGAAUUACCAGAACCUGUGACACCUGAGCCAGUUGAAUCACGUAUGACCCUCGCAACAGCUAAAACAUCUUUCAGUCAUAUUCCUGGUUCUCAGCUUCUUCAGUCUAAAGAACAUAGUACAGAGCUCACUCCGAAGAAGGUUCACGUAUUUAUGGUGUUCAGGUUCACUAUGGAUAGCUUGGUCAUAAACCUUUUAUCUGGUGGCUCAGAUACACUUCAAAAGAUCCCAGAGUCUAAGCCUGAACAAGGGUUAGCUUGCUUUACCUUGUAUGUUCUGGCUGUGAAGGGACAAAUGCUUUCUGACAAUUCUCUGAGCACUUCUGUGAGGCUUGUUGAUUGUUUGCUGGAUGACACUCGAGUUGGUCGAGAGGGAAAGUUAACGAGAUUGAUGGAAAGUAAAGCUCUCCUCCCAUCUGAUGUGUCUCAAGGUAUGCUUUCGCCUACCUCAGAGGCUGCGACACGAACUAUGCUGGAUGUUACAGUUCGUAUGAAGCCAAAUGAUAUGUUUGUCGAUGUUCGUAUAUUCAGUUUCAAUAUGAUUGUUAGCAUUGACUACCUCCUCAAGAUUAGUAACUUCUUUGUUGGACUUGAAGCAAAACCCAAGCCAGUGGCACCUGCAACAUCAAAAACUACUACGCAGUCCAUGCCAUCCAGUAUGCAAUCCCGCUCAACUUUGGCUGUUGCAGCCGUGGAAAGUGCUAAAGAAAUAGAAAAGCGGUCUCAAACUGUCAUGACUAUUAAUCUUAAACUAGAGAAGCCAGACAUACUUCUAGUAGAAGCCAUGGAUGAUGUGGAUACAAAUGCAUUGGUCUUAAAUUGUGAGCUGUCUUUUAAUCUUCGCCAAGAGGGAGAAGAAAUGAAAAUUAAGGGAGCACUUGAAGAGCUUCAACUCUUCACCUGCUGCUUCAAUAAUCGGAUUGACACAAAGUCACCAGUUCUACAACCUGUAAGAAUCAAUUUAGCAGGCUCAACAAAACCAGGACAAGGCUUGCAUAUGGAGGUGAUUUCUUCUGAUAUUCGGAUUGCUGUUACACCAGCCACCUUAGAACUUCUCAAUCAUUGUCAAGCAACACUGACAGCUAAACAUGGGCCUGAUGAGGAUGAGACCAAAGCAGAGGCUGAUUUCUCAAAUAUUUGGGAAUCUAAAGGCUUUAAUGAAUGCGAGUUUUGGUUCUUGAAAACUGAAAUGGCCCAAGAUGCCAUGGCAACACUUUCUGAAGCCUCACAGCCUGAAGAGGAAGUUGCACUUGUCACUCCGCUUUCAGAACUAGUGAUCGUUACAAUGCCCUCUAUAGUUGUUACUGUAGAAGCUGGUGUUGGUAAUAAAACAAUGCCCAUGAUUCUGUUAGAAACAAGUUUCCAAGGAUAUAUUAGAGAUUUCAGCUCUCUACUUCAUGUGGACAGCAGUCUCAAUCUUCAAAUGUGGUAUUACAACAGCAGUCUAGCUCUGUGGGAACCAUUGAUUGAACCAGUUGAAAGUCAUAAGGGAAAUCAGGUCAUACAUGUUCCAUGGGAGUUAAAGAUGGAAGUGGAAUUUAAUGAUGUAAAUGCAACAGCCACCUCAUUUGAAGAUUCAACUCUGAGUAAUGAAACAGAGGCAGAAACAGCGCAACUUCAACCUCUCAUGAAUGUUUCAAUCUCUUCCAAAGAGAACUUGGAAAUAACUGUUACAAAGACAAGUCUUGAUGUAAUUAGUACCCUUGGCGAGGGCUUCAAGACUGCUAUGAAGGAUGGUUUACCUAAAAUUGGCUCACCUAGUGCAGCACCGUAUCAAGUCUGGAACUACACAGGGUUACCAGUGGAGUUGAACCUGGCAUCAAGCAGUUUCAAGCUGGCCAACCAACUCGAAAGCAGCGGAAUUGCUACAGUUGUUCUAGAAAGUGGCGGGAAGGCUGAGCUAGAACUUAAAGAAGGUGAUGCUCAUGGAAGAGAUGCUUUGGCUCUGAAAAGCAGCUCUGGUGGAACAGUUCAAGAGCGUAUCCUUCGUGUAGGAGUCACUGAAAAGAAGGCCAUAUUAGAACUACCUGUCGUACGUGCAGACAAGAGAUAUUUCUCUCUUCAACAGAAAGGUGACACAAACCCUUUGCAGUGGGGCUUAGUGUCAGAGGUUCAAGUUGAAGAUGGAGGUUUCAUUGUUUCUCUUCGCAGCAUUAUCCAGGUUCACAAUCAUUUCAAUGUGGGAAUAAAUGUUUACUACAUGACACCAAGAGGAAAUGAAGUUGAAAGUAUAGGUGUUGUGGAACCUGGUCAAAAAAUCAACUUACCCCUUAAAGCUGUGUACACUCCAACUAGUGAACUAUUUUUCAGUGUCGAUGGGCACUCCGUAUCAGUGCAACCCUUUGUUUGGCGUGAGCUUCAGAAGACAUUAGGAAUGACAAAUUUACUGCAGUGUGAUCCAAAACACAAAGAAGAAAUGGAACCCUUUUUCAUCAAGGCUGUUGGAGAAAUGGAGCAAAUAUUCUAUGAAAAUACAUCCCGACAUACAAUGGCUAGCACAUGCUACAAUGUCCACUUACGUCCUGCUGUAAUUCUGAAAAAUUUCCUACCUAUUGACCUGGUUUGUCAACUGCAAGGUGCACCAGACGAAAAGCCUUUGAAGGCUGGGGAACGCAUGCAAAUUCCUUCUGCAGAGCCUGGAAACUUCACCAUAGUUCUUAGGAUUCCUAAGUACCUUGAAAAGGAAUGGUCAUGCAAAAACCAAAUAAGAGCCACCCCAUCAGAGUUUGCUGUCUGGGUGUUUGAGUCAUUUGACAGUAAUGAAAGGGUCUGCUUGGACCUUGGUGUUCAUUCAGUCUCAAGGAAUGGUUCACUGUCUAUGGCUAUUUAUGCACCAUUCUGGAUGCUCAACAAAACAGGCCGCAUGCUUUCCUAUCGGCCUGCAGAAGAAACUGGAAAUGUUGUUUACCAUCCUGCUAACUUCAAAGGGCCUGUGCUAUUGUCAUAUCGUGCAAAAGACCUGCAUAGUAAGAAGAAGGCUGCUCUCAAAAUUGAAGAUGGUGAAUGGAGUACAAACUUUCCCCUUGAUGUGGCUGGAAGUUCCGGGCUGAUCAACUGCAAAGUUGAGGGUGUUGUAUGUCAAAUUGGAGUCCAUAUCCAGCUCAACUCAAACUCCUUAACCAAACAAGUGACUUUCACACCUUACUAUGUAUUGGUAAACAAUGCUCCUUUUGCCAUUGAAUGUCGUGAAAGUGAUAGGCCUAAUGAUCCAUGGAUAAAGGUUGAACCUGGAGCAUGCAAUCCCUACUGGCCAAUCAGUUCUACCAAUGAAGAUGGGCUUCGAGUUCGAGUGGCUGGAACAAUUGAAAUGUCUGGCUCUUUCUCCUACAAUUCAGUUUACACAGUCCUCCUCAGAUUGAAUAACAAAUAUGGUGGUCUCAAUGUUGAUGUCCAAAUGACUGAAGGAGGGGUCUAUAUUUCAUUCACUCCUUAUGAGCCAGGUCUUGCACCAGCUCUAGUGAUCAAUCAUACCUCUGAAGUUAUUCAGAUUUGGGAAUCUGGUUCUGGAUACAUGAAAAAACUAGGAGCCAGGGAAAUGGUGCUGUUCGCUUGGGAGAAGCCUUCUGGUGACAGAUCUCUCUGCUGGAGCUGUAAUAAGUCAAAAGAACUGAGUGACAAUUUGAGGAAGGAUGGUAUUGGUGAAUUUCACCCUCACCAAGGAGUUAAAGUAUACUGGGUGAGCUUCUUGGAUGGAAUUCAAAGGGUGCUACUGUUUACUUCUGAUCCUGCUGUAGCGAGGGAUGCUCAAUCGGCUGGCGAAUUGGAGGUGCCUUCAAUGGCAGUCAGCAUUUCUAUCUAUGGUCUUGGGCUUUCUCUGGUCAAUAGUCUUCGCCAACAAGAACUUGUUUACAUUGGAAUAGCAAGUUCUGGAGUGAUUUGGGAAACAAGGAAAUUUAAUGGAUCACGGUUCAAACAGUUCACAAUGUCUGAGGGACUUCUUAUGGAGGAAGCGUGGGAGAGAUACAAUCAUGAAUUGCAAAUUGGUAGCUCACCUAAUCCACGUGUGAAGGUUGGAAAGUAUGAGGUUGAUUUUGAGAAAGAAGAAGUGUUAGCUCCAUCAAAGCGAGUUCUACGUCGUUCCUUCCAAACCGGUCUGUGGAUUCAACGCAAAGUUUCGGCUCAUCAAGAACAGCUUCAUGUUAAAGUAAAUCGCCUCCAGAUUGAUAACCAGAUGGCAGAUUGCAUUUUCCCUGUAGUGCUAGCUCCUGUGCCUCCCCCUAGAAGUGUUGCUGCAAAUAGUGUUUUGAAACCGUUUAUUGAAAUGAGUAUUGUUAAGAGACUAACUGAGCAUAGCCCUGUUCAGCAAUACAAAUACUACAAAGCAUUGGUGCAAGAGUUUCAUGUGAAAGUGGAUAUUGGAUUUUUGAAUGCAAUCUUAGCAUUUUUCGAGGCAGAGGAAGUCUCAGAUGCUGAUGAGACUAAAACAUUCUCUAAUGACAUGAAAGCUGUUGAUGAACCCCUCAUGGCUCAUGUUGCUCUUCAAUCCUCAGCUGAACAGAAGAAUUUCUAUGACCUUCUCCAUUUUUCUCCUCUCAAGAUCCAUGUCAGUUUUUCACUAGGUGAAGGUGCCAGUUCACAAAACUUGCCUAGGGUUUUGAGUGUGCUACUAGAGAGUUUAGGUGUUACUCUUACUGAUAUGAAUGAUGUUGUAUUCAAGCUAGCAUACUUAGAGAGGCAAUAUGUUUUCCUAACGCAAGCUCAAUUGCAGUCAGAAGCAACAAUGCAUUACACAGGACAACUGCUUAAGCAAUUGUAUGUUCUAGUCCUUGGUCUGGAUGUCAUUGGUAAUCCAUUUGGUUUGGUUGUUGGUUUUACUAAGGGAGUUGAAGAUCUGUUUUAUGAGCCGUUCCAGGGAGCAAUUCAGGGACCAGGCGAGUUUGCUGAAGGUCUCAUACUAGGUGUGCGAAGUCUGUUUGGCCACACAGUUGGCGGCGCUGCUGGUGCUGCAUCCCGCAUUACUGGAACAAUUGGAAAAGGUCUUGCAGCACUGACUUUCGACAAAGAUUACAUCCGGAAGAGACGUGAAAAUCUGAACAAAAGACCAGCUAACUUACAAACAGGUUUAGCUCAAAGUGGAAAAGGACUUGUAAUGGGUGUGGUUGAUGGUGUAACAGGAGUCUUCACCAAGCCAAUUUCUGGAGCAAAAGAGGAAGGUGUUGAAGGCUUCUUCAAAGGUGUUGGUAAGGGAGUGGCUGGUCUUUUAACUCGCCCUACUGCAGGAAUUGUAGACUUUGCCAGUGGAUCUCUCAGUGCUGUCAAACGAGCUACUGAAAUGACCGAUGAAGUUGUACGCUUGAGACCUCCAAGAUACUUCCAGCCUGAUGGUCUUGUGCGUCCAUAUAUCAAGCAUGAAGCUGAGGGAAACAAGAUUUUACGGGAACUGGAAAAGGGGCGAUACAACACAACUGAUGCUUACAUUUAUCACAUUGCAAUGACACAAAGUGGAAAAGAACUUCUUCUAUUGACAGAUAAGAGAGUUGCUUACUUGAAAACCAAUGACAUAUUUGGUGGCUGGCAGGUUGAUUGGACCUACACAUGGGCCUCAAUGACUGAAGCUCCAAAGGAGGCUACCAAUGGCAUCCAUCUAUCCACUGGAGAACACAAGAAAAAAACUUUCGGUCUCUUUGGUGGCUCUGAGGGUGGCAAGUUAAUAAUAGUGCCGGAUGCAAACCAACGUCAGUGGCUGCUUCUAAAAAUGCAAGAUCUGAAACGUAGGAGUGCCUAGUAUUGGUGUCAGCUGUCACCGCAAGAGCUGUGCAGCUGGUAUUCUUGUGUCUGAUUUAAUCAGUCUAAAAUCUCAUAUCCAUUUUUGUUUAUUUCAACCCUGUACCUGAAAUUCAGGAGUGUUACCUACUUAGCAAAAACUGGUCAAAUUACUUAUAUUCAAAAAUACGGAACCAUUAUUGCCACAAUAUAAAUUGUCGAGGAGAGAAAACUACUUAUGUGAGGAAGUGUAUCCUUCCCUCCCAACGAAUUCCCUAUGAACUGUGUGUUAAUGCAUUUCCAAAUUGCUUCCUUUCUUUUUUCUGAAGCAGCUAAAAUGUCUUAAUUGUUUUAGUACUGCAUGGUAGCUUAAAUAUAAGCAUUCAAGGUUAAAUACAAUUAUUGGAAUGUUUUAUCUCCAUUGUAGCGCACAACUCAUUAAAAUUAUAGAGCAGGCAAUAGGAACUACUUCAUGACAAUUUUUAUCAAACUCAUAUUUGCAAUUUUCUUUUUUUAAUUUACAAAGGGAUCUUUCUGUUUUUGUCAACUUAGCUGAAAGUCUGUACAUUAAGGUUUUACAGAUUGUUCAUGCUGAUAUUCUUUUGAUAUUUACUAAUAGCAGCUGAAAUAUUUGUCUUUUAAGCUGAAUCUUUGUGCGUACCAUUCUAGUCAUAUUAGUUGUUUCUGUCAAAACAUAUGUGUCAUAUAGCUACACAACGACUGUUCAUUUAUGCUGAUUGGUACAUACCCCAAGCUUUAAAAUUGUACUAUUUGUUCUAAUUGAUGCUUCUCUUUUCAUUAGUCUGUUUUGUACGAUUCUUAAAUUAACUAUCUAUUUGGUGAUCAUCAAAACUAUCUAUGUAUUAUUUCAUUACAACCCAGUGAUUGUUGUAUAAGACACUUACCCUCAAACCGGUCAAUCUAGGAUUGUUCAUAAGCUAUUUUUGUAUGUGUUGAUUGAUUUUUAUAAGUAAAUUGAAUUUCUAAAAUCGUUUGAUGAUUUGUGUUUGUUUGUUUAUAACUGAGACCAUAGUUUUAAGUCAAGUUUUAUUUCAUUUGGAGGGUACUAAGAAUUAUAUUUUGAUAUUUGAGGAAUGACCGAAUUUAUCAUAAUUUCCACUUUCAUUGUCCCUUUUGUUUAGCCAAUCUUCUGUAAUUUCUGGUAAUUCAUUUUAAAUCAUCAACUCUUUGCAAAAUGGUGCAAAGAUCUGACAAAACUGAAGUUGUACUUGAAACCUAUUUCAAAAAAGACUUAUUUCAUAGUUGUGCUUUUAUUUUCCAUAAGGGCUUUGUUUUAAUUAAGUUUAUGAAGUGCAAUAUCUGAAAGUGUUAACAUUUGUGUUUUAAUUUAGUUUCUCUUAAAUUGUUAUUCUUUGUAAGGUCUGAUGUUUGUUUCAUUGUGUGUCUUGCAAUUUGGUUGGUACAAAUUGCGCCAUUUUGGACUAUAUGGUAACAACACAGGGUAGCAAUUGGACCUAUAUAUCUUAUAAUUUAACACUUAUCUUCCUAAUCUUUUCUACUUGGUUUUUUAGCAAUGUACCAGUGCGCUAUAGGUUCUUCUUAUAUGCAAUGUAUAAGGAAUCUCAAUUGUUGUUGUUCUUUUGUGUCUGCCUCGUGCCGAUAAAUGUAACUUUUUGGACGGAAUAAAACUACAUUUGUUUCCAAA